CCUAGAUACUAAGCGGCGAGUGACGAGUCCAACAACACAAUAAAUAGAAUAUCUUUAUUAUCUCAUUACAACCCUUUAACUCUUUUUAUCUUUGACAAAAAAAAAAUGAAAGGAAUAACAAAGCUUUUCGUCUCCCGCUCGCUCAAAAGUCCCAUGGCCAAGAAGCACAAGAAGCGUUCACAACCGGAGAACAAGCUUUCCAAACCCAAGAGCAAGCGUCUCAAACCGGAGGAAGAUCCAUCGACGGUGAAGAGGUGUCUGCAACUGUUGAAAGAUCCACCGACGAAGAAGAGGUGUCCACAACCGUUGGAAAAUCCACAGACGACAGAAUCUUCCGGCGACGAGGAAAUGGCGACAGAGGAAGAAGGAUAUGAUUCAGGCUCUUCGUCUGAGGAAGAAGGUAAGGAGUCAGGUUCUUUGUCUGAGGAAGAAAAGCAAAAAGAUCCUGGUAAGAAUUAUCCUCCUACCAAAAACAAUUAUUUUCAAAGGAAGUGGGGUGAAGAUGAUGAGAUCGUCUUGCUGCAAGGCAUGGUUGAUUUCAAAAAUGAUAAAGGGAAGAGUCCUUAUGAUGAUAUGACUGCUUUUAUUGAUACGGUGAAGAACAUCAUUAGUUUUCAAGCGAAUCAGAGUCAAUUCACUACCAAGAUCCGUCGCUUAAAAGACAAGUAUCUCCGAAAGAGGAACAAGGGUGCAGAUGAGAAUUCUUUUGCAAAGGCUCACGACCUGAAAUGUUUUCAACUUUCCAAAGUGAUUUGGGAAUCUACUAAGGUGAAGGAGGAGUCUUUGAAACCCAAUGAAGAAAAGGUAGUAGAUUGGUUCGUAAAUUCUUCUCUUGUAGGAUCAAUUGCGAGCUUUGGGGUGGCUGAAGAUGUCGUGAAACAGAGAUGGAGCAUGGUAUCGAUGAAGACGAAGAAGAAGCUCGAAGAGAAGUUCAAGCUGUUGAAAGAUAAGGAAUCUGAAUAUUUGUGGCUCAAGACAAGUUUCUUCCAUGAGGUCAACUCUAUGAUCACUGAAGCAAAUUAGACAAGUAUCGAUUUAGAAGAGGUGUAGUGUUUUCAUUUCCAAUCCUUGUUAUGACUCUGGUUUUUUUCUAUUUGUUUUUUUUUUUGGUUUUUGAUUUUUGGAUUUUGUUGCUAAAAACACAAUGGAAGAACGGCAGAUUAAGUUUAAAUGCAUCCAACUCCUAAACCUAUAAAGCUAGGUUUCUCCA